AUGUCUGCUCCGUUGACGCCUUCUAAGAGACUACACGGUAGGAGCCCUUCAGAGACAAAUGGGAAAAGAAAGUUGCAAAAGUCAGGCCAACCUAAAGUUUCACCUGGUGGUGUUGUUUUUCGUGUACUAUGUCCGGAAGCUAAAUCUGUCAGCGUCAUUGGCGAAGGUGACAGCUCAGUAUCACAAAUUCUUCAAGGAACUGGUGUGAAUGUCAAAAUUGAGGAGGCAGUCCCAGGUUGUGAUGAGAUAGUGAUUUCCAUCACAGUUUCUGAAUCUUAUGAUAAAGAGACUGAAGCUGGUAGAACCCAAGGAAAGGAGGAUAUCAUCAACGAGGCUAAAGCAUCCUACCAGAAUGAUGAAGAAAAGGAAAACGAUGAAAACAUCAAUGAAAAGGUUGUUGAUUCUGUGAAAGGUUCACAAUCUGUAAAUGAAACUUUCUGUUUGCAGAAGGCAUUGUUACUUGUUUUUGAAAGAAUGAUUGAAGCAGAGCGAGGCUCAGAAGGAGUUGACGAGGAAACUGUUAAGCCUUUCAUGAUGGUUUUAAGAUUGCUUGUUCUUUCCAGUCAUGUUGGCUGCCUUUUUGGUAAAGGUGGCAGUAUAAUUAAGCAAAUGUCUGCCGAAAGUGGGGCUCAGAUUCGAAUUCUUCCUAGAGACAAACUUCCCGCUUGUGCUUCAGCUUCUGAUGAACUAGUUCAGAUUACAGGGGAGUUUGAUGCAGUUAGGAAAGCACUUCAAUCUGUUUCUCAACAGCUAAUAGAAAAUCCACCUCAGGAUCACGAUUCUUUUCCUCUCAACACAACUGGACAGGCAUCUCAGUCUUUUGGUCCUAGGCCUGAAGUCCACCCACCACCAAACCAUUCUUUAAGUUCUCAAGGAGCACCGUUUGCUGCAGGACCUUGGGAUGUUGAGCUUCAGUCACCACUUCCCCCUCGUAUUCGUGACAGAAUGAUGCCUUCUCUGGAAAUGCUAACAUUCCGGUUACUUUGUCUUAAUGACAAAGUUGGUGCUGUCAUUGGAAAGGGUGGAUCAAUAAUUAAGACUCUUAAGCAAGAGACAGGCUGUGAUAUCAAAGUUGUGGAAGCUAUUCCUGAUUGUGAGGACCGCAUAGUUAUCAUCUCUAGUCCAGCGCACCCAGAUGAUAGGAUAUCGCCUGCACAAGAUGCAGUUCUUCGUGUACUUGGCAGGCUAUAUAGGGCUAUACCUGAUAGCAAGGACAAGACUAUGAUGGUCAGGUUACUUGUAUCGUCAAAUCAAAUUGGUUGUCUUCUUGGCAAGGGUGGUUCCAUCAUAGCUGAAAUGAGGAAGUCAUCCGGGGCUCAUAUUCGUAUAUUGGGAAAGGAUCAGGUUCCAAUUUGUGCUUCAGAAGGCGAAGAAAUUGUUCAGAUUAAUGGAGACCAUGAUGCUGUUCGAGAUGCUAUUUUGCAAAUAACAUCUAGGUUGCGACAUCAUUUAUUCCGGGAUAUGUUUCCCUCUAUUAACAAUCCUUCAAAUUCUGUUUUAAUGGAUCAAGGAACCCCAUUCCCUUCAUUUGCGGGAAGGAGAGAAUUUUCAACUCCGGGAUUAGGUCCUUUUCACCAUUUUGAUGGUUUUGGUGGCCCACCCCCGCACGGUGGUUUUCACGCCCAUGAUCCUCCUUUUAUGCGCAAUAUUCACCGACCAGGCAUGCCUCCUCAUAUAUCUGAAAGAAAACCAUGGGGCCCUCAGGGAUAUAUGGGCAUGCCAGAAUUUUCAGGACCUCCCCACCGAAGAAUUUCCGGCUUUGGAGGAGGAAACCAACCAGCUAUUAUAACAAGCACCACCAUCGAAGUUGUUGUUCCUCGUUCCCUUGUUCCUGUAAUUUAUGGAGAAGAUGGUGCGUGUUUAAAACAGAUACGUCAGAUUUCUGAUGCAAAAAUUACAGUUACCGAACCCAAUCCUGCUGCAACUGAAACUGCAAUUACAAUAUCUGGAACACCAGAACAAACACAUGCGGCGCAGUCUUUGAUACAAGCAUUUGUGAUGAGUGAGACCGAAUCUGCUUGAACUAUUUAAUAAUUUAUAAGGUUUUUGAAGGAAUUGGUUUGAUGUCCGGUCCUUUUUCUUCUACUAGAACUCAUCACGUCAUCUCAAGACGAUUGCACGUUGUUGGGAUUGUGACGAAACAGUUCUGUGAGUAUGCUGAAACUUGUUUGAAGUUAUCUAGGGAUUGACAUUCCUUUUCAAUCUCACAUGAGAAAUUGUAGUUGGUAUCAAUUUGUACUACAGUCUAGUAAGGAAACAAUUUGACUGACAUACAUUCUCUAUGAAUUCGUUUCACAUUUUAGUAACAUUUAUUGGUCAUCGUCAAGCAUUGUCGCUGGUUUCAUCGAGUUCUGAUGCCCACGUAGCUGAGAUAAUGGUUCGGCAAAAACCUGGUAUACACCAAUGAGAUGGAUGACAAUGCAGACAUUGGCAAAAUUGAUCAACCAAAAGGGUUGGAAUUCCCCGGAGCAUCGUUUCCGAAUGCUCUGCAUAUCUGAUAAUGCCACAAAGGAAAUAGAAUAAGGCGGUCGUUAUGAUGCCGAUUCCGCUUGCUCUCUUCAUCAACUUGUUCUUCGGCGGACUUGUUUGAGUGUGUCCUGAAAUCAUUAAAAAAGAAGUGAUAUUAGAGAGGGUGCACUUUGAAUUUUGAGAUGGGA